CCCAUCCUCAUUCGACUAUCUUGGCAGCUAUCAGACGUUUGCUUUCUCAGAACUGGGUGGUACGGUUAGUUCACACGUAUAGAGAGGGGAAACGAGUCGCGGACUGGCUCUCGAAGCACAGUCUCGUCUAUCCCUUCUAUACGUGUGAGCUGACAAGUCCACCUAGGGAAUUGGAAAGACUCUUGAGGGAAGACAUAAUUGGUGUUAGCUUCCCGAGAAGGGUGAUUCUGAGCGGGGAUUAAUUUGCUGGUUGGAACCAGGGGUAUUUUGCUUCUGUUUGUCAGCUUGGCGAGUUCUGUUUUCCUGCUGAUUGAGGUUUUCCACCUUCCCGGUCCUGCAACCUGGUUGUAGGGACAACUUGGGAGGUGCUUGUAAUUUUCUUUGACCGUGGGCUUUUGCCUCCCUUCACUCAAAAAAAAAAAAUGACAAUGAUGUUAUCUCCCACAAUUAGUAAGAAGAAGUCUCAUAAUUCAUAAAUAUCUUCUCAGUCUCACCUUAUUCUCUAUCUCAAAAUUAAAAUUAAAAUGUUAUUUAUGACACACACCCGAUGAUAUGUAACACUAUGAAUUAUGAUUCACUCAACUAUAUCUAGACCCAAAUGUUGAGAAUGUCAAUUUCAGGAUCAAAAUGUUAGUGAAUACGUACGCUAGCACUGAACUUGUACAGAUCCAAAACUAUACCUACACGACAAAGCAGAGAGAGAGAGAGAAAGGGGGAAAGCAAUUUUUGUUGUUUAUUUUUUCACUUCCACAAGUGAAAAAGAAGAGAAAAAGAGAGACGGUGCUGCUGUAGAGAGAGCAGUGGAGCCGCAGCCCUGGAAUCUUGCAAUAAAAAGGACCCUCCUUGCGUCCUCUGCCCUCUCCCAUCCGCUACACAACAACACAACAAAAACACCCGACCCGAAGAAGAAAACAUUCGAAAGAGAGCGUGAGAGUGAGAGAGAGGGGAAGAAACUUAUAGAGACGAAGAUGGCGGUGCCGCCGAGAAGUAGCAAAUGCCUGCCCCUUUUCGCCCUGCUUCUGUUCGCCCUUUUCGCUGCUGCCAUACUCGGCGAGGACGGGUUGGUGAUGAACGGCGAUUUCGAGUCUCCCCCGUCAAACGGCUUCCCGACUGGGGAAUCCGCCAUCUUGGAGGGCCCCGCCGAGAUCCCCAGCUGGAAAUCAGACGGCACCGUGGAGCUGGUCUCGUCGGGACAAAAGCAAGGCGGGAUGAUUCUGAUCGUACCGCAGGGAACUCACGCCGUCCGGCUGGGCAACGACGCCGAGAUCAGACAGGAGCUGACGGUGGAGAAGGGUUCCGUCUACUCCGUCACCUUCAGCGCCGCUCGCACGUGCGCACAGCUGGAAUCGCUUAACGUCUCCGUCCCGCCCGCCUCCCAGACCAUCGAUCUCCAGACGCUCUACAACGUCCAAGGGUGGGACCCUUAUGCUUGGGCUUUCGAGGCCCAGGACGACAAGGUGUCGCUGGCUUUCAGGAAUCCCGGCAUGGAAGACGACCCCACCUGUGGGCCCAUCAUCGACGACAUCGCCAUCAAAAAGCUCUUCGCCCCCGAUCGCCCCAAAGAAAACGCGGUGGUGAAUGGUGACAUGGAGGAAGGACCGUGGAUGUUCAGGAACAUCUCGCUGGGGGUACUGCUUCCGACCAACCUCGACGAGCAGACUUCAUCUCUACCCGGUUGGAUCGUGGAAUCCAACCGAGCGGUUCGUUACAUCGACUCGUACCAUUACUCGGUCCCCGAGGGGAAGCGGGCCAUCGAGCUACUGUCCGGGAAAGAAGGCAUCAUUUCGCAGAUGGUGGAGACGAAGCCCAACGAGCCAUACAAGCUGUCGUUUGCAUUGGGCCAGGCCGGGGACAGGUGCAAGGAGCCCUUGGCGGUCAUGGCUUUCGCCGGAGACCAGGCGCAGAACGUCCACUACACUCCCAAUGCCAACUCCACGUUUCAGACUGCUGAUCUGAACUUCACGGCCAAGGCUGAGAGGACCCGGAUUGCGUUCUACAGCAUCUAUUACAACACCAGGACUGAUGACAUGAGCUCGCUGUGCGGGCCUGUGAUUGAUGACGUCCGGGUUUGGUUUUCCGGGGCCGGGCGUAUUGGGCUUGGUGGACCAGUGUGGCUGGUGCUUGGGCUUUGGGCUUUUAUCUUGGUUUUGGUUUAGCUGUUGAAGUGGGGUGUUACUAUUAGAGAAUUGGGUUUUUUGUGUUUCUCUCGCUGGCUUGGAGGGGUAUAUCAAAAUGUAAUGUUGGCUUUUGCUUUGCUUGCAAUCUGGCGAUCUGGCAAUUAGAAUGUUUUGCUAGUAGCUAAGUUAUAUUGGUUACAUCAGAAGUGAUCAAGUGAAUCAGUUCUGCUUCCUAAGAUUAGAUAUUCCACUUU